AUGCCGAGCCAAUCCCGCUGGCCCUCCGAGAAGACUGGAUGGACGCCGCCGCCGCAGUUGACAGCUUUUAUUCACAUGCUGUCAUUUCACACCUGGAGAUUUGUCGCCAGCAGGUCGCAAUCUCGGAUCCAUUCCUUCCAAGUUGUGCGUUUCUUCAGCGCUAGUCAGAGAAGUCUCUUUUGCAGCACCACCAUGGCCGAGACACAAAGCGGCACGCAGACUCCCAUCUCCGGGGCUUCCACGCCAGUUCCCAGGGGCAAGGCCGUCAACAACAAGCCACCAAAGAAGGAAGUCAAAAUAUUGAUGCUUCAUGGCUACACCCAAUCUGGUCCCCUCUUUCGCGCCAAAACCCGCGCGGUGGAAAAGCUCCUCGUCAAGGCUCUGGCUCCCCGAAAUCUCAUCCCUUCUCUCAUCUACCCCACCGCCCCCAACCGGCUGUACCCCCGCGACAUCCCGGGGUAUCAGCCGUCAUCCGACAACGAAGGCAGAGAGGACGAGGAGAUAGACUCUUGGGCUUGGUUCCGCAAAGACGAAGCUACUGGGUCGUAUCGUCUUGUCCAGCAGGGAAUGUUACAGCUCGCCUCCGCUAUCGAAGAGACCGGCGGCGGUAUCGAAGGUGUGAUUGGGUUCAGUCAGGGGGGUUGUGUAGCUUCCAUUCUUGCUGCCGCGUUGGAAGGGUUCAGGCAGCCGGCUGAGGAGCACAAGGAGUGGGUGGAAAGUAUACGGGCCGCAAACGGCGGACAGCCGCUCAAGUUUUGGGUGUCGUACUCUGGGUUCUGGGCUGUGGACCAGGACCUGAGCGGGUGGCUUUAUCAGCCAAAGGUGAAGACGCCGAGCUUGCACUAUUUUGGUGGUCUGGAUACAGUGGUGGAUGAGAGCAGGAGUCAGGGGCUGGUGGAAAGGUCGGAGGGGGCAGUCAAGGUGGUCCAUCCAGGCGGGCAUUAUGUGCCCGUGAGCAAAGAGUGGGUGGUGCCGCUGGCUGGAUUUGUGCUACAGUCUCUAACGGAGGCCCCUCGUGAGGACGAGAAGCUGUGAGAUUGUCGGUCAUUCCAACAUCACAUCUGCACCUUGAUGCACUACGCGGGAUACACUAAUAGAUGAUAGACAGAACAGAACAUUUACCAUAUUACACUACUCGACAGUAUCAAUUGACCG